AUGUUUAAUUUGAAUCCUGAAAAAACUAAAUAGUCUAGGUUGGCUUGUGUUGAAUGUAUAUAAUCAAAUAAUCCAAUCAAAUACACUACUUUAGAAGAAGCUAAUUUUAAAUGGAAUGAAUACUUAGGAUAAACUAAUGAUUAAAUUAAAAGAUUUUAGAAUUCAAGGCAUUUGAAAUCAUCACAAAUAAUUGAUAUUCUUUAAGAUAUCAAAGAAAAGUACAAUUCCACUAUUUCAGAAAUCAUAAAUAAGAUAAACACAUAAUAUUAAAUGUUCUAUCAAAAUGAAAUUAUUGAAUUUAAUGACAAUGUUAUUUUUUAAAUGAAUAAUGAUUAAAUUAAUGAAUUAACUGAAUUAUUAAGUUAAACUGAUUAAUUCUAGGUUUUAAGUGAAAAACAAUUUAAUAUUUCGAAGGAGGAUCUUAAUUAAUAAUAACUUAUAUCAAUUAAUUUUGGAAAAUUGAUAUAAAAUGAUUUAGUAGCAACUGAAAAGAUCAAUAAGAUCUUCAAAGAAUCAAGUUUUAAUAUAUCAAAUGUAAAAGAUGUGACAAAUGAUAACGUAUUUGAUGAUAGGAACUCUAUUUACAAUCUCUAAUAAAUUAAAUAACUAAAUUUAUAAAUAUAACAUUGUAAAAUAUAUUAAGAUAUUUUUAAUGAUGGAUUAAAUUAGUAUGAUUUCAUUAUGCAAACAAUUAAUAGUUUAUCUAAUGAAUUCAAAGAUGUUUAAUUGUAGCAAGUAGAAUAUUAUUAAUUUUAAUAAGUUUAAUCAAUAUGUAUCAAAGACCCAAAAGGAUUUCUCAAUAAUACAAAAAUUAACUUAGUUUGAUUAAAUUACAACUUAAUUGAAAUUUCAAAUGGAAGAAAAAGAAUCACUUUAGAAUCAACUUAUUGAAAAUGAUGAAUAGAAUUCACAGAAGCAAUAAUUAAUAAAUGAAUUAA